CCCACGCAUUCUUCUAAUUGUAGUGUCCCAUUGUAAACAAAUCGAACAAGGUCUGAUUCAUUGACAUUCCAGUUGAGAAGUUGCUAGCAUUUUGUUUCUUCAAAAUGGUUGAAAGAAUUGAGGAUCUGAAUCUCCCCAACGUUAUUGUGACCCGACUAAUGAAAAAAGCCCUUCCGCCGGAUAUAAAAAUAUCGAACGAAUCAAGGACCGCGCUAACGCGAGCUACCUCCGUGUUUGUGUUGUAUUUAACGUCGGCAGCAACCUACAAAGCCGAAAAAAAGAAACAGAAAACACUCACGGUAGAUCAUGUUUUCUCGGCGUUAGAGGAAAUCGAAUUCGAAAGUUUUAUACAGCCGCUAAAAAAUGAUUUGGAAAAUUAUAGGAAAAGUGUGAAAAAUAAAAAGGAUAAAAAAGGCGACACGAUGGACACGGAAGAAGCCAUGGAGGAUAGCAUCGACGAUUGAAUGUACAUAUAAAAAUGUUUGUCCAAAUAAAAUUAUUACUAUUCUAUUAUGCAUCGUAUUCACGGGAGUAUACUAUUUCAUAUUCGUAGAAAUAAAGUAGAAAAUUGAGUAUGGA